AUGAAGUUCACCGCCGCUCUCGCCAGCCUUUCACUGCUCUUCGUUCCCAUCGCCCUCGCACAGACGAGCGUGUCUGUCUCAUAUGAUAACACCUACGACAACUCCGCAGAGUCUCUUAACGACCUAGCGUGCUCCAAUGGCCCGAACGGCUUGGAGCACCUCGGUUACAAUUACCUUGGCGAGCUCCCCGAUUUCCCCUACGUCGGAGGGUCCUUUGCCGUGACGGGCUGGGACUCGACUGGGUGUGGGACGUGCUGGGAGAUAACGUACGACGGAACGACCAUCACGGUCCUUGCGGUCGAUACCGCGUCCGAAGGGUUCAACCUCUCGGAGGAGGCGAUGAAUGCGCUGACGAACGGGCAGGCGGAGUUCCUCGGGAGGGUAACUGCCACCGCAGUGCAGGUCGAUGCGUCCCAGUGUGGGCUCUGA